CGUCGCCCACUCUUCGCUCUACUCGACGCGCUGGUCUUGACACAUUCCACACAACUUGGACGCAUUUGAGGAUGUGCGGCUGGAGGACAGCAGUGCACCUGUUGCCGCCUCACCGUCACCUCUAAGGAAGAUUGGAAGGAAGGAAGCGAAUGGAGGAGCGCAGCCAGUCCAACGCAAGCGGGCGUCACUUGGACGAUGGCCGGGCGAGAGUGCAAAGUACCUUGGCGUUUUCGGGACCGGUUUUUGCCAUUCUAACGGUGAUGAUGGUGACUGUGGUGGUCGUGACCGUUUUGGGCAACGCGCUGGUCAUGUUCGCUUUCAAAGUGGACAAGAGUCUGAGGAGGCAAUGUAAUUACUACUUUCUGAAUCUGGCGAUAUCGGACUUCCUUGUCGGAGCGUUCUGCAUCCCCGUGUACAUCCCUUACAUCCUCACUGGUCGGUGGACGCUGGGCAGGGGAAUGUGCAAGCUGUGGCUGGUCAUGGACUACCUGCUGUGUUCCGCAUCCGUCUUCAGCAUCGUCCUCAUCAGCUACGACCGCUUUCUGUCUGUCACCAGAGCGGUGAGUUACCGGGCCAGACAAAGCACGUCUCAUCCCGCCAUCAUCAAGAUGACGGUCGUGUGGGUGCUGGCCUUUCUCCUGUACAGCCCGGCCAUCAUAUUCUGGGAGCUGGCGGUGGGCCAAAGUCGGGUGCCGAAUGAAGAGUGCUUUGCCGAAUUCUAUCACUCCUGGUACUUCCUGCUAUGCGCCUCCAUGCUGGAGUUCUUCUCCCCUUUCAUCUCGGUGGCUUUCUUCAACCUCAGCAUUUAUCUGAACAUACGCCGGCGGAGGCUCCGCUGCAGGGAGGCUCAGCUCAACCUUCAGCUCAAUGAACCCGUGUCGGCGCAGGGGGAAGCUAACCCCUUUUCCCACACGUGGGGCACGGGAGGCAAGCUGGCCGUGCGAGGCUCCAUCCACUCCCCGUCCUCGUCUCCCAAUUUGGGCAAACUGGAUCCGUCGAGCAGCAGGGCGGCCCAACCUAACCGUCUGUCCAGAGAUAAGAAAAUUGCUAAGUCGCUGGCCAUCAUUGUGUGUGUGUUUGCCAUCUGCUGGGCACCGUACACCCUACUGAUGAUCAUCCGUGCCGCCUGCAGAGGGCGAUGCAUCCCGCAUCACUGGUAUGAGGUCACCUUCUGGCUCCUGUGGCUCAACUCUGCCAUUAACCCUUUCCUCUACCCGCUGUGUCACAGCAGCUUCCGCAGGGCCUUUGCUAAGAUUCUGUGCCCAAAGCGGCGAAGCUCCACUCGCCCUUUAGUCGUCCUUCGAGCGGGCCAGUGACCAGCGGACGCUCCCCAGCCGACAGCCCAAACUGUGAAGUAUUCCAAACGUAAACGUAUCCAAUCGGCGGCGUGGUCUUGCGAGUGUGUCAAUAUGAGAAUAACGUGCUAUCUUGCACAUGAUUUAUGUUUUUAUAUUCACUCAAUGUCUGAAAUGUUUACAGUCGAUAAGACAGGUGCCACGAAACGCAAACACGAUUAAAAAAAAAAAAACUAUUGAAUUUUACUUCUUCCUCAAUGAAUUGCUUAUUGUGUCUUGCAAACAUCCGCCUGAAUUUUACAUGAUGAAUGUAUUCGCAUCAAGGAUAAAUGUUGCUAUUGCCGCGAUGUUGCCAUUAAAUCAAGUUUGAUGUGAAAUCUAUCUAUGUGAUCA